CGUGUUGUUGGCGGCGAUUCCCGUUUAAUCCGUCGUAUUUAUUGAGCGCUUCCCCUGAGGCGGGCACUGUACUGAGCGCUUGGGAGGGGGCGGUAUGGGCCGCAAGAAGAAGAAGAAGAGCAAGGACGGUGGCGCCGUCGGGUCGCGGGGCCGCCAGGUCCUCACCUUCGAUGAGGAGAAGAGGCGGGAGUACCUCACCGGCUUCCACAAGCGCAAAGUGGAGCGGAGGAAGGCGGCCGUGGAGGAGAUCAAACGCAAGCUGAAGGAGGAGCAGAAGAAACUGCGAGAGGAGCGCCACAAGGAAUACCUGAAGAUGCUGUCAGAGCGAGAAGAGGCUCUGGAAGAGGCAGACGAGCUGGAGCAACUGGUGACAUCCCAGAUGGAGACCGUACAGUACGACCACCCUAACCACACGGUGACCGUGACCACCAUCAGCGACCUGGACCUCUCUGGGGCUCGCCAGCUGGGGCUGCCCCAGCCUGGGGCGGAAGACAGCGCUGGAUCAGAGAAAGAGGAAGAGUCUUGGGACAAAACCACCAGUGCGUUGCCCAAAAAGUCUGGAGACCCCUUCCUAUCCCAGAGGAUCUCCUCCCUCACUGCUUCCCUGCACGCCCACACCCGCAAGAAGGUCAAGAGGAAGCGCCCUCGACGUCCCCUGGACUCGGCCAAGAAGCCCCCCAGCGCCGGGCGGACCACCAGAUCUCAACGCCGCAAACUGACGGGCAAGGCCCGGCCCGGCGGAGACUGACUUCGCCCAUGGGCACACACUGGACCGUGCUGGACCCGCGUUGUCUGGGAAGCAGCUCUGCAGAGGAAAGCCGCUUGUCUCCUAGCCCGGGUUUCCGGCUCCCUUUGGGCUGGGGCAUCACACUGGCCACCCUUUGCCGGGCCAGGCCAAAACCAUCUUCUUCCCCUUCCCUUCCAGGGUCAGGGUUGGGGCCCCUGACUUCAGUUGCCUCACCAGCGGGGGAGGAGCCGGAAUCUCCAGCAGGAAGUUGUGUGGAGACUUCCUGGUGUCACCACAGACAUUAGAUAUUUUUGCUAAACAGGAGUCUGGGCUGUUUACUGGUCGUCGGUGUGGGGCCGGAGAGGGCCGGGAGCCCUCCGCCUUGCCCCCAAGGCCCUAGCAGUCUGCUCCGCACUUUGGUUUUCCCGGAAGGGCAGGGUCCUGAAAGCUGGAUUCAUUCAUUCAAUCGUAUUUAUU